ACAGCCACCCCAAAACUCUGUUUUCUUGUUCUUAAAGGCAAAACGAGAUAAAUACACUCGAUCUUUCUCUCUCUCUCAAUCUUUUCAUCGAGAGCAGUUAAAGAAGCUGAAGCUGCUUUGCGGGUAGUCUCACUUUUGUGAAGUGUUUGUCUUUUUUUUUUUUUUUUCUCUAUUUCUCCAUUAUAAGUCAGUUUCCCAAGUGCCAAUUGGCUCCCCUGGAAUAAGUCUAUAGAGAAGUGAAGCAAUGCCAGGAGAGAAACAGGCAGAGGGGGCCAUUGUUGAAAGCUUUAACGAGUCGACUGAAAAUGAAGAAAAAGAGGUGGAGUUGGAGGAGAAAGGAGAUCAUUCCAUUUUCAGUGUUAAGAGCCUUCUUUGGCAUGGUGGUUCAGUUUAUGAUGCCUGGUUUAGCUGUGCUUCAAAUCAGGUGGCUCAAGUUCUUUUAACACUACCAUAUUCUUUUUCUCAAAUGGGAAUGCUUUCUGGGAUUAUUCUGCAGAUUUUCUAUGGUGUUCUUGGAAGCUGGACUGCUUAUCUCAUCAGUGUUCUUUAUAUUGAGUACAGAAGCAGAAAAGAGAAAGAGAACUUUAGCUUCAAGAACCAUGUCAUACAGUGGUUUGAAGUGUUAGACGGUCUUUUGGGACCUUAUUGGAAAGCUAUUGGAUUGGCUUUUAACUGCACUUUUCUGCUCUUUGGAUCGGUCAUUCAGCUUAUUGCCUGUGCCAGCAAUAUAUAUUACAUAAAUGAUAAGUUAGACAAAAGGACAUGGACUUAUAUCUUUGGAGCUUGCUGUGCCACAACAGUGUUCAUCCCUUCAUUUCACAACUAUAGAAUCUGGUCUUUUCUGGGGCUUGCAAUGACUACAUACACUGCAUGGUAUUUGACCAUUGCAUCCCUUGUCCAUGGCCAGACGGAAGGUGUAACUCACCAAGGUCCAACUAAGUUGGUAUUGUACUUCACAGGCGCCACCAAUAUCCUCUACACAUUCGGUGGACAUGCUGUCACAGUUGAAAUUAUGCAUGCAAUGUGGAAGCCUCAAAAGUUCAAGUCCAUAUAUCUAUUGGCCACCCUAUAUGUGUUCACCCUAACCAUCCCGUCGGCCACUUCUGUCUACUGGGCUUUUGGCGAUCAACUCCUAGAUCAUUCCAAUGCCUUUUCACUCCUUCCACAUUCUGCGUGGCGUGAUGCUGCAGUUAUCCUAAUGUUAAUUCACCAGUUUAUUACAUUUGGGUUUGCGUGUACACCAUUGUACUUUGUGUGGGAGAAAGUGGUGGGGAUGCAUGACACAAAGAGCAUAUGUUUGAGGGCAGUGUGCCGGUUACCUGUGGUGAUUCCUAUAUGGUUCUUGGCUAUCAUAUUUCCGUUCUUCGGACCUAUUAACUCAGCUGUAGGAUCUCUUCUGGUUAGCUUCACUGUCUACAUCAUCCCUGCCUUGGCUCACAUGUUCACCUAUAAAUCAGCCUCCGCUCGAAAGAAUGCAGCCGAGAAGCCUCCCUUCUUCCUACCAAGUUGGACAGCAGUGUAUGCACUGAACACAUUCACAAUUAUAUGGGUACUCGUUAUCGGUUUUGGGUUAGGAGGUUGGGCUAGCAUGGCUAAUUUCAUCAAACAAGUCGAUACAUUCGGACUCUUCGCUAAGUGCUACCAAUGUCCACCAUCACCCUCAUCCGUUCAUUACUAAAUUAAAGCCUUUUAUUCAAACCAAAACACUCUUUUCUUUUGUUUUACAUUCCAACCACAGUGCAUACACCAUCUGUUUUUUCACUUGUUUCAUAGUCCGAGAGACAAUAGAAUGUCUCCGGUAUAUCUGUGGUAUAUUUGGGUUUGCAGUAGUUUCCCUUCUGGGUUGUUCUACCUUGUUAUACAAGUAAUACUUGAUUGUGAAUCAAUGCAAGAAAAAGUAACCAUUUUAGGAUGCUAUCUUUAAUUUUUUUUAUAUGGUUUUACCGCUAAAUUGUUGACUCCAUUGAUCUGUUUUGGGAGCUUUUCAGUGAUCACGUUUGGAACUAUGUGGCUCAGGGCCCUUGAUUUAUGGUUGCUAAAAUGGUUGAUUUCAAUGAUUUGGGUCUCUUACU